AUGGCGGGGCCCCUCGCCGGUCUGCUGCCCCUCGUCCUGCAGCUCUCGAGCCUGGCGCUGGCCCCGGGGACCGGCAGAGGUAGGGCGGUGCCCAGGGAACACCCUCAGCUUGCUGACAUCCAUGACUACCAGCAGCAGGCACCUGCCCACUCAGCCCCUGCUGGGGCCCCCCAGGAGCAGUGGCGCCCCCUGGAGGAGCAGCUGGGAAAGCUGGAGGCUGAGGUGACAGAGCUCAGAGAGCAGAACAAGGAGCUGCAGGAGAGGGUGAGGCAGCUGGAGUCCUGUGAAUGCCGCCCAGCUUCCUCCCAGUGCUGGGGGCUGGGGCGGGCCUGGCCUGAGGGGGCUCGCUGGGAGCCUGAUGCCUGUACAGCCUGCAUCUGCCAGGAUGGGGCUGCGCACUGUGACCCCAAGCCUGGCCUGCCCAAUUGCCGUGGCUGCCACCAAGAUGGUCAGGCCUACGGCAAUGGGGAGACCUUCUCCCCAGACGCCUGCACCACCUGCCGCUGCCUGGAUCUCUCCACUCUGGGGAAUUUGCUGGCACCUGGUUUCCAGGGGUCGAGAGCUGCAGGAGAUGAUGGGAGUGGGGAAGGAGCCAUAACCUGUACUCAGAAGCUAUGCCCAAGAGGACCCUGCCUGGAGCCAGGAGCAUGCUGCCCACACUGUGAGCCAGGCUGCCCUGGAGGCCACAGGGCUGGGGAAACGUGGCAACUGGAACCCUGUGUCAUCUGCACCUGCCAGGCAGGGACGGUGCAGUGCCAGGGGCCCUCAUGCUCAGAGCUCAACUGCCUGGAGAGCUACACCCCACCUGGGGAGUGCUGCCCCGUCUGCCGGCCAGGCUGUGAGUAUGAGGGGCAGCUUUAUGAGGAGGGGGCCAACUUCCUGUCCAGCUCCAACCCCUGUCUCCAGUGCUCCUGCCUGAAGAGCCUGGUUCGCUGUGUGCCCAUGAAGUGCCUGCCCAGCCCCUGCCCGGAGCCAGUCCUGAGGCCUGGGCACUGCUGCCCGACCUGCCGAGGCUGCACAGAAGGUGGCUCUCACUGGGAGCAUGGCCAAGAGUGGACCGCACCAGGGGACCCCUGCCAGAUCUGCCAGUGCCUGGAGGGCCACAUCCAGUGCCGCCAGCGAGAAUGCGCCAGCCUGUGCCCGUACCCUGCCCGGCCCCUCCCAGGCACCUGCUGCCCCAUGUGUGAUGGCUGUUUCCUGAAUGGACGGGAAUACCGCAGCGGGGAGCCUAUAGGCUCUGGGGACCCCUGCUCACACUGCCACUGUGCUAAUGGGAGUGUCCAGUGUGAGCCUCUGCCCUGCCCACCUGUGUCCUGCAGACACCCAGGCAGGAUCCCUGGGCAGUGCUGCCCAGUGUGUGACGGCUGUGAGUAUCAGAGACACCAGUAUCAGAGCGGGGAGACCUUCAGACUCCAGGAGAGUGGCCGCUGUGUCCGCUGCUCCUGCUGGGCUGGCGAGGUCUCCUGUGAGGAGCAGGAGUGCCCGGUUGCCCCCUGCUCCCUGCCUGACUCUGGCCCCCAGCUGUGCCCAGGUGUGUGUAUAUGUGGGAGCGGGGAACAGCUGCGAAGGGAUGCUGCGUCCACAGUGGCUGGAGAUGGAGGGGUGUUCCUUCACAGUAAGGGGGUCAUUGCUAAGUCCACCAACCAUGCCAGAGUGUGUUCAGAGGCUGCCGUGGGGAUGGCAAAGCCAGGGUCCUGGGAAGGACAGCGAUGGUGGAGGUGUCCGGGUUGCCAUGGUGACAGCUCCCUUGUUGUAGCCUGUGUGCUUGAUGGAGAGGAGUUUGCUGAGGGGGUCCAGUGGGAGCCUGAUGGCCAGCCCUGCACGGCCUGCUCCUGUCAAGAUGGGGUGCCCAUGUGCAGGGCUGUGCUCUGUUCCCCAGCCCCCUGCCAGCACCCUACCCAGCACCCUGGUGCCUGUUGCCCCAGCUGUGACAGCUGCACCUACCAUGGCCAAGUGUAUGCCAACGGGCAGAACUUCACGGAUGCAGACAGCCCUUGCCACGCCUGCCUCUGCGAGGAUGGGACCGUGAGGUGCUCCUUGGUCAACUGCCCUCCCACAACCUGUGCCAGGCCCCAGAGUGGACCCGGCCAGUGCUGCCCCAAGUGCCCAGACUGCGUCCUGGAGGAACAAGUGUUUGUGGAUGGUGAGAGCUUCCCCCACCCUCGAGAUCCCUGCCAGGAGUGCCAGUGUCGGGAAGGCCAUGCCCGCUGCCAGCCUCGGGCCUGCCCCAGGGCCUCCUGUGCCCACCCGCUGCCUGGUCCCUGUUGCCAGAGUGACUGUAAUGGCUGUGCCUUUGGUGGGAAAGAGUACCCCAACGGAGCCGACUUCCCCCACCCCUCUGACCCCUGCCGCCUGUGUCGAUGUCUGAGCGGCAACGUGCAGUGCCUGGCCCGCCGCUGCCCGCCGCUGUCCUGUCCAGAGCCGGUUCUGCCGCCGGGAGAGUGCUGCCCGCAGUGCCCCGCCCCCUCCUCCGGCUGCCCGCGGCCCGGGGGCGCGGUCCCCGCCCGCCACCAGGAGCAUUUCUCCCCGCCCGGCGACCCCUGCCGCCGCUGCCUCUGCCUCGACGGCUCCGUGUCCUGCCAGCGGCUGCCCUGCCCGCCCGCGCCCUGCGCCCACCCGCGCCAGGGGCCCUGCUGCCCCUCCUGCGACGGCUGCCUGUACCAGGGCAAGGAGUUUGCCAGCGGGGAGCGCUUCCCUUCGCUCACUGCCGUGUGCCACGUCUGCCUCUGCUGGGAGGGCAGCGUCAGCUGCGAGCCCAGGGCCUGUGCCCCUGCACAGUGCCCCUUCCCUGCCAGGAGUGACUGUUGCCCUACCUGUGAUGGCUGUGAGUACCUAGGGGAGUCCUACCUGAGCAGCCAGGAGUUCCCGGAUCCCCGAGAGCCCUGCAGUCUGUGUACCUGCCUCGGAGGCUUCGUGACCUGCAGCCACCGCCCCUGUGAGCCUCUGGGCUGCAGCCACCCGCUCACCCCGCCUGGGCACUGCUGCCCCACCUGCCAGGGAUGCCUCUAUCAUGGGGUCACUGCUGCCCCUGGAGAGACCCUUCCCGACCCACUUGACCCCACCUGCACUCUCUGCACCUGCCAGGAAGGUUCCGUGCGCUGCCAGAAGAAGCCGUGUCCUCCAGCUCUCUGCCCCAACCCCUCUCCAGGACCCUGCUCCUGUCCGGUUUGCCACAGCUGCCUCUCCCAGGGCCAGGAGCACCGGGACGGAGAGGAGUUUGAGGGGCCUCCAGGCAGCUGUGAGAGGUGUCGCUGUCAGGCUGGCCAGGUCAGCUGUGUGCGGCUGCAGUGCCCACCCCUGUCCUGCCCACUCCAGGUCACAGAGCAGGGGAACUGCUGCCCCCGCUGCAGAGGCUGCCUGGCCCAUGGGGAGGAGCACCCUGAAGGCAGCAGCUGGGAGCCCCCUGACAGCCCCUGCUCCUCCUGCACAUGUCACGAGGGUGUUGUCACCUGUGCCCGCGUCCAGUGUGUCAGCUCCUGCGCCCAGCCCCACCAGGGGCCCGGUGACUGCUGCCCUCGGUGCUCUGACUGUGAGCACAAGGGCCGGAAGUAUGAGCCUGGGGAAAGCUUCCAGCCAGGGGCAGACCCCUGUGAAGUGUGCAUCUGUCAGCUGCAGCCUGAAGGGCCUCCCAGCCUUCGCUGUCACCGGCAGCAGUGUCCCAGCCUGGUGGGCUGUCCCGCCAGCCAGCUCCUGCCCCCUGGGCCCCAGCACUGCUGCCCCACCUGUGCCCAGGCACUGAGUAACUGUACAGAGGGCCUGCUGGGGUCUGAGCUGGCCCCACCGGACCCCUGCUACACCUGCCAGUGCCAGGACCUGACCUGGCUCUGCAUUCACCGGGCCUGCCCUGACCUCAGCUGUCCCUGGUGGGAGCGCCAUACGCCCCCUGGGAGCUGCUGCCCCGUGUGCCGGGAAUGUGUGGUGGAGGCUGAGGGCAGGAGAGUGGCAGAUGGAGAGAGCUGGCGGGACCCCAGCAACGCCUGCAUUGCUUGCACCUGCCACCGGGGCCACGUGGAGUGCCACCUAGAGGAGUGCCAGGCCCUCUCCUGUCCCUACGGCUGGGUGAAGGUGCUGGAGGCUGGCAGGUGCUGUGAGAGAUGCCAAGCCCCCGCCCAGUCGUGCACGUACCAGGGCCGGGAGGUGGCCUCCGGGGAGCGCUGGGCCGUGGACGCCUGCACGAGCUGCUCUUGCGUGGCCGGCACCGUGCGCUGCCAGAGCCAGCGCUGCCCGCCGCUCUCCUGUGGCCCCGACAAGGCCCCCGCCCUGAGUCCCGGCAGCUGCUGCCCCCGCUGCCUGCCCCGGCCCGCUUCCUGCAUGGCCUUCGGAGACCCCCAUUACCGCACCUUCGACGGCCGCCUGCUGCACUUCCAGGGCAGCUGCAGCUAUGUGCUGGCCAGGGACUGCCGUGGAGGGGACUUCAGCGUGCACGUGACCAACGAUGACCGGGGCCGGAGCGGCGUGGCCUGGACCCAAGAGGUGACGGUGCUGCUGGAAGACGUGGCCGUGCGGCUGCUGCAGGGCGGGGCGGUCACGGUGGACGGGCGCCCCGUGGCCUUGCCCUUACUGCGGGAGCCGCUGCUGUACGUGGAGCUGCGGGGACGCACGGUGAUCCUGCACGCCCAGCCUGGGCUCCAGGUGCUGUGGGAUGGGCAGUCCCAGGUGGAGGUGAGCGUGCCCGGCUCCUACCGGGGCCGGAUUUGUGGGCUCUGUGGGGACUUCAAUGGCUUUGCCCAGGAUGAUCUGCGGGGCCCUGAGGGGCUGCUCCUGUCCACUGAGGCUGCAUUUGGGAAUAGCUGGCAGGUCCCAGAGGGGCCGGGACCUGGUCGGCCUUGUUCCAAGGGCCGUGAGGUGGAUCCAUGCCGGGCAGCAGGUUAUCGUGCUAGGCGUGAGGCCAAUGCCCGGUGUGGGGUGCUGAAGUCCUCCCCGUUCAGUCGCUGCCAUGCUGUGGUGCCACCGGAGCCCUUCUUUGCAGCCUGCGUGUAUGACCUAUGUGCUUGUGGCCCUGGCUCCUUGGCUGACGCCUGCCUCUGUGAUGCCCUGGAAGCCUAUGCCAGCCACUGUCGCAGGGCAGGGGUGAUGCCUGCCUGGCGGGGCCCCACGCUCUGCGUGGUGGGCUGCCCCCUGGACCGCGGCUUCGUGUUCGAUGAGUGUGGCCCGCCCUGUCCCCGCACCUGCUUCAACCAGCACAUCCCCCUGGGGGAGCUGGCAGCCCACUGCGUGAGGCCCUGCGUUCCUGGUUGCCGGUGCCCCGCAGGCCUGGUGGAGCACGAGGCCCACUGUAUCUCACCCAAGGCCUGCCCCCCAGUCCUACUCACCAGGGACCAGCCACCCAGCGCUCUGCCUAGCCCCAGCUGGGAGCUCCAGGGGGCGACCUGAGCCAGGACGACACUGACCAGGACUCAUCAGACCAAAAGCCUCCCUUUGGAGAGCAGCUCCCACCCUGGCCAAAACUGCAGAGACAGGACCCUGCCUGGGCACUGGGGGCCUGGGCACACACAGGCCCCAGCUGUGUUGAGUCAGAAGCAGUAAACUCAGGGCCUGCCCUAAGCUUUCCUGUGUGUAUGUGUGCUUCCUCCUGGUGCUGGGGUGGUGGCGUGGGCUGCUUGGAACAUGGGGCCCAGAGGUCAGUGUCCCCAGAGUCAGAGUGGUGGCAGCUUUGAGCUGUGAGGGCUCAGCCCUGGACCUUGCUCACUCCUUGUGCCUUCAUUCAUGGGCUGCCCCCACCUGCCACACCGUGGUGCUGCCUGGAAGACCCUGCAGUGGGCAGAAGGAGGACGCAGGUGUCCUGGUCCCAGCCCUGUGCUCACAUGUAGCAGGCAUGACCUGUGGGUCCCUCUGUGGGACCCUCUGUGGAUCCAUUGGAAUCCUGCAGUGGCUGAGGAGCAUGGAGAAGAGCUCAGUCCCCACAUGGCAUCCCCUUUUCUCUUGGUUUGGGGGCUACUGAGUGCUCAGGUACCUCCUGGGCCCCUAAGAGCUGGUGACACAGGGACCCUAUACCUGGGGUAGGGAUCAGGAGAGACAAUAGACCAUGAUGAAAUACAGACAGAUGUGGGCCAGCCCCAGUGGCCUAAUGGUUAAAUUCAGCAUGCUCUGCUUUGGUGGCCAAGGUUCGGUUCCUGGGCGCAGACCUACACUGCUCUGUUAGCAGCUGUGCGGUGCUGGCAACCCACAUACUAAAAAAUAGAGGAAGAUCAGCACGGAUGUUAGCUCAGGGCGAAUCUUACUCAGCAAAAAAAAAAACAAAAAAAACCAAAACA